AUGUUAAAUAGAUCAAAUUUAUCUAUUUCAAUAUUAAAUAGAUAUUAUUGUAAAGUUAGUUCUAGUUCAACAGGUACAAUAUCAAACCUAUCAUGUUGGGGUAAAAAGGCACUUGUAACUGGUGGAAGUAGAGGUAUUGGUAAAGCAAUUGCACAAAGACUGGCAGCAAGUGGUGCAAAUGUUACAAUCCUUAGUAAAGAUCCAAUAUUAAACAAAGAAGUUGUCAGUUCAUUACCGAUCGUUCAUAUAAAUGGUGAUCUAAAUACCUUAGAAAACAAUGGUUUAAAUAGAGAUCAGCCGACCAACAGACAUAGUGGUCUUGUUUUUGACCUCUCGGUACCAUUAACAGGUGGUAGUUAUGAUGAGAUGUCACAAGCUUUAAAACAACAAAACAACGAUCAUCUACUGGAAUUCGAUAUACUGGUACACGCCGCAGGUAUCACUCAGAACGACCUAUUCUUUAGAUCGAAAUCGAACGAUGUUAGAACGAUCCUACAAGUUAAUCUUCAGACACCUAUCGAUUUGACGCGAUUACUGCUGAAACCAAUGAUCAAGAAGCAAUGGGGACGUGUUAUCUUCUUGGGUAGCGUUGUAGCUGAUCAAGGUAACCGUGGACAAUCGAUAUACUCUGCAUCGAAAGCCGGUCUAGUUGGUUUCUCAAAGUCAUUGUCACGUGAAGUAGGACAUUUCAACAUUACAUCCAAUGUAAUAUCACCGGGCUACAUUGACACUGAUAUGUCGGCACCCUAUAUAGCAUCACAAGGCGAGACACUCAUUGAAAGAAUACCACUCAAAAGAAUUGGAAAUGUUGAAGAAAUAGCAAAGGCUGCAUUAUUUUUAGUUGAAUCGAAUUAUAUUACUGGACAAGUUAUUAGAGUUGAUGGUGGAUUAUGGUGA